AUGAAGCCUUCAAUACGGUCCUGGGCCGCGAGAUCGUGCAAGCUUUCUGGGACGACACCUCUCACCGCCGCAAGUGCCGCUCGAGCAGCGGCGUCCACAUCGCAGCGCAUGCAGCUCCGCCGCGCGUCUACACGGCGUCACGCUGACCAAGGAGCGGCUUGCUCAUCGACACUGCGCUUUGAUGUCAACCGAUUCCCAGCACCAACACACCCCACAGCGUUUCGCGGCAUGUCCACUGUCGCUAGCGCCGAGGUUAUGACCCGGCACCUCGCGACGGCGGCGGGUGGCCGAUCGUCGGGGCUCUUUCGAUCGUUCUGCACAUCGCAGCCGAGCGUACCUCUGCAAGCAGCGCCGGCAGGACUGGGCAUCGCAGCGUGGGUGUGGUCUCGCAUGCCACGGUUGCGGUCGGAAAGCAGUCCAUCACGCUCGUCGCUGCGAUCCCGCAACCAGCCCUCGCCGCUCUUCCGUCGCCCCUCGCCCAACUCAGGCGGCAGCGGUGGCUCUGGCGGCGACCCGCGUCGAAGACCGGGUCCAUCGUGGCUGGCGUCGUUCACCGCGCGCAUUGACGAGCGCUUCUGGAGCCGCUUCGAUGCACGCGCGGUGAUCUUGGCGGUGAUUGGCGUCAACACGCUGGUGUUCGUCGGCUGGGCGUGGGCGCGCGAAAACAUGCAGCGCUUCGCCGACCCGCGCGCGAUGAUCACCAUGUCCAAGAACUUUCUCGGGGGCGAGAUCAACAUGCGCGAAGGGCGGUGGUGGACGCUGCUGACCAGCUGCUUCUCGCACGAAGCGCCGAUGCACUUGCUCUUCAACAUGGUGACGCUGGGAUUCAUGUCGCCCCCCGUAGUCGCCCUGACGGGUCCGACAAUGUUCCUCGUGCUGUACUGCGGUGGCGGUAUCAUCAGCAGUGUUGUUUCCAUGGUGGGCAAACGCGUUUUCGAGACGGAAGAACAGCGGAGGAGGAGACCGUUUAGUCACGGGGCGAGUGGAUCCGUGUAUGCGAUCAUGAGCACGUUUGCGUGCGUCCAGCCGCGCGCCCAGUUUUUGCUCUUCUUCGUGCUACCCCUGCCGGCGUGGGCGUGCGUGUCGGGCAUUUUUGCGUGGGACGUGGCCCAGGCGGUGCUCAACCCCGGUCAACGCACCGAUUCGGCAGGCCACAUCGGCGGCGUCAUGGCAGGCAUCUUGUUCUGGCGCUUCGGUCUCAAAGGCAUCCAAAUGCACUAG